AUGCGGCAUUCGCACCACCGCCAGCGUAAUGCUCUGGGCGCGAAAGUCUCUGGUGCACUGCUGCUAUUGUUGACGUGUCGCGUCGACGCUACCAUCGAUGUCCCUGCACAGCUACAUCGACUUCAGCUUCAGAACUCAGCGAGUAGAGGCAACGGAGACACUGCUGCUCCUCAGGUGGUAUUGUCGAAUGUUCCGAAUUCGCUGUUUAAACGACUUUCCGAGAAAUCGGUGCGGUGGGACGCUUUAUCCGGGUAUCUCCAACGUGCACUCCUGUGGGAUGCAGGUUUGGUGAUGACAAGCGGAGGGCGACUUGUUCAAGUUCACGUGCCGUGCGAUGAGGAUAUGUCAGUCAUCUUGACGACUUUUGAGGCAUUCCGAGGGAAGGAUUGUCCAUUGGAAACGUGCGAGUCGACACAACUAUAUUUUGCUGGCUCGACAUGUUCACGUGCAACGGUAUGGGAGGCAGCCCAAUGUGGCAUUUACGCUAGCGAGGAGAAUGCAACCGACAUUGUUAAUGAAGAGUCAAGUGCACUUUGGUCCGAAGAUGGGCGUUUAUCGAGCGUUCCGGAUGUACGACUUUACAAGCACACGCUCGGCGACAGCUCCGGGCUCAACGGCAUUGAAGAAGUCGUGGGCUCGGGUUCAACUGGGAACUAUACAAUAGACGCUGACGUCCUCUUCACAAUAAACCAAAUCGAUCCAUUGCCGAACUCCAUUGACAACUGCCCAAGCGAUCCCUUCUUCGUCGCACCCUGUGUACAAUUUUACGAUCUCGACGAGUCUCCUGAAAACCCUUGGUGUCUUCCAAAGCGAGGUGGGUUCGUUGACCUUUGGCUCGACAGGGAAAUGUCGGGCCAAUCGAUGUCACCUGGGAACUCAACACAGCCCGCCUCGUCUCUCUCGAACAGUGGUUCCGCGGGUAUUUCAGGGGAAUCCGCUAUCCUCGUCGUACUUUUCAUCUUGUUGGCAGCAGCUGUAGGGACUCUCAUCGUAGUGCACAUCAACCGCAAGAAGAGGGACGCAAAGGAUAUCGACCAACGGAACUCGUUGAGCGAGUCACGACGACGGCGGUCGAUAGAGUUGGCGACAUUCUGCGACGACGCAAAGAUCGCAUCAAAGCAUAUUGCGUACGACAGCCUAACACUUGACAGACUAAUUGCGCGCGGAGCUAAUGGUGAAGUUUGGCGUGGAACCUGCGGCUCUCAAGUUGUGGCUAUCAAGCAGCUAUUGCCAGAAAAGCGUCACGACGAGUGUCACGUCAUGCUGUUCGCCAAUGAAGUACGACUCGCAGCCGCACUCGAGCAUCCAAACAUCGUUCGGUUUGUGGGGUUGUCCUGGAAUCGCAUGUGUGACUUAUGCAUUGUCUCCGAGUUCAUGGAGCAAGGAGAUUUAUCGGUGUUGCUAAACUCCAAGAAAGGGAAUGAGCUCACGUGGGGUAAAGAGAAGUUGGGAAUCGCCACGGACAUCGCCGAGGCACUGGCGUAUCUUCAUGGUCGGCAACCGAUUAUCAUCCACCGCGACCUUAAGUCGCUGAAUGUGCUACUCGACAGUCGACUUCGCGCCAAACUCAGCGACUUUGGCCUCAGUCGCGAGCGCUCGUCUGACGACACGAUGACCAACGGCGUGGGAACUUUGCUGUGGACGGCGCCGGAGAUUCUACGCGGCGAGGCCUACAGUGAAAAAGCCGAUGUGUAUUCCUACGCUAUUGUGCUGUCCGAACUAGACACAUGUCUACCACCUUUCACGCUUAACACUGAGGUAAGCGAGCGCCGUCUGACCACGAUGCAACUCAUGCACCUGGCCACGUCGGGCGAAGUGUCGCCUCAACUGCGCGAGGACUGCCCCGCUUCGCUGCAGCAGCUCACGGCAGCCUGUGCCUCCUUUGAGCCCAACCAGCGGCCCAAUGCCCUGGAGAUCGUCUUCACGCUUCGCAACAUCGCUCGCAACAUGAAGUUUGACUUCGCCAAGAGCGCGUAG